AUAAUUGACUUUUAGCAAAAAGAAGAAAACAUCCUUUCAAUUUCAUAACUUCCAUUUGCCGUGAAAUGCCCGCCUCUCUCCCUCUCAACAAUUCUCCGGCAUUAACAACUCCGUUUCCCAACCACCACACACCACCAUACUAAACCACCACCACCAUGGGCAACUGCACCACCUGUCUCCGCCCCGACCCACCGGAAUCCAAACACUACCAACCACCUCCAACCCCCCAAGACAAAAGAAAGUCCCCCCAUCACAAACAAAAACGACCCAACCCAUACGCGGAAACCCCGGUACCCAUCCGGGUUUUAACCGAUUUCUCCCAAUUCGCAACUCACCGGACCCGAAUCUCCGACAAGUACAUACUGGGCCGGGAGUUGGGCCGGGGGGAGUUUGGAGUGACAUAUCUUUGUACCGACAGAGAAACUAAACAAGCGUUUGCGUGUAAAUCAAUCUCGAAGAAGAAAUUAAGAACAGCUGUUGAUGUGGAGGAUGUCCGGCGAGAGGUGGCGAUCAUGUCGACGUUGCCGGAGCAUCCGAAUAUUGUGAAGCUUCGUGCUACUUAUGAGGAUCAUGAAGCGGUUCAUUUGGUUAUGGAGCUUUGUGAAGGUGGUGAGCUUUUUGAUCGGAUUGUUGCUAGAGGACAUUAUAGUGAACGUGCGGCUGCCGGAAUUGCUAAGACGGUGGCGGAGGUGGUUAAGAUGUGUCAUGAGAAUGGAGUGAUUCAUCGGGAUUUGAAGCCGGAGAAUUUUUUGUUUGCUAAUAAGAAGGAGAAUUCGGCUUUGAAAGCUAUUGAUUUUGGGCUUUCUGUGUUCUUCAAACCAGGGCAAAGAUUUUCUGAAAUUGUGGGUAGCCCUUACUACAUGGCACCAGAGGUUUUGAAGCGAAAUUACGGGCCAGAAGUUGAUAUAUGGAGUGCCGGAGUUAUUCUUUAUAUAUUGUUAUGCGGGGUUCCUCCAUUUUGGGCAGAAACCGAACAGGGUGUCGCUUUAGCAAUUCUUCGAGGCGUUAUUGAUUUCAAGAGAGAACCAUGGCCCCAAAUUUCUGAAAAUGCUAAAAGUCUCGUUAAACAGAUGUUAGAACCAGAUCCCAAGAAGCGAUUAACCGCCCAACAGGUUCUUGAACAUCCGUGGAUACAAAACGAGAAGAAAGCUUCAAAUGUUCCGUUGGGAGAUAUCGUGAGAACGAGACUCAAGCAAUUCUCAGUGAUGAAUAGGUUCAAAAAGAAAGCAUUAAGAGUGAUUGCAGAGCACUUGUCUAUUGAAGAAGUUGAAGUAAUUAAAGAUAUGUUUACAUUGAUGGACUCUGAUGGCGAUGGAAAAGUGACAUUCGAUGAACUUAAAGCCGGAUUAAAGAAAGUCGGUUCACAAUUGGCUGAACCCGAGAUUCGAUUGCUCAUGGAUGUGGCCGAUGUUGAUGGCAAUGGAGUACUUGAGUACGGAGAGUUCGUAGCAGUAACCAUUCAUUUGCAAAAGAUGGAGAAUGAUGAACAUCUUCGAAGAGCGUUUAUGUUUUUUGAUAGGGAUGGAAGUGGUUAUAUUGAGCUUGAUGAGCUAGAACAAGUGUUAUAUGAACCGGGUCAAGCAGACAUCCAAGUACUUAAUGAAAUCAUGAAAGAAGUCGAUACAGACAAGGAUGGUCAAAUUAGUUUCGAGGAAUUCGUCGCAAUGAUGAAGGCGGGAACUGAUUGGAGGAAGGCAUCACGGCAAUACUCAAGAGAGAGAUUCAAGAGCUUAAGUGUUAACUUGAUGAAGGAUGGAUCGUUGCGGCUUGAUGAUGGGUUAACCGGUCAAAGUGUUAUAGUUUGAGCUUUGAAGUAACGAAGUCCACGGUAUUCUUUCAUUUUGUUUGUCUUCCGGUUGAAUGGGAUUUGCAUGUCGGGGCUAGAGGAGUUUGUUGCAAAAGGGUUGUGGAUUCGGCUUUUGUUUUAAGCUGUAUAUAUUUAUAUGUUUCUGUUGUAUAAAUGUAAUCGGUUUCUUUUUGGCUUGUUUCAUGGCUAAUCUGGCUUAUUUCUGAAAUUUUAACUUGUUAUAUUUUUUGGCUUUCUUUAUAAGUGUAUUGAUGAUAUGAAUACAAAGAAAUUUGUUUGUUUGGAUGUU